GUGAAUUGCGCAAAACUAUUUAUUUUUACACAACCAAAACAACUAUAAGAAUACUUGCUUCUCGCAGAAAUGACCGUAUUUGCUUGAAACCCGCGUAGGUCGCGUAGCUUUCGCCUUGUCGCAAGCGACAAAAGCGUUUUCAUCUUCAUCAUUAUAUUAGUACUACCAUCAUGUCGCGACAAGCUCCACGGCCUAAACGCUCGGCCGAUGUCUACACCAGAACGCACUUUCAACAGGAGGACACUCCAAACGCAAAGAAGCCUCGCUUUGACUAUCGCAAUCCGUCCACACUUGCGCCAGAUGCGCCAGAGGAAGAUGACAUCCUAGAACUCGACGAGAUUGGCAAAACUAGCGGCGUAAAGCGCAAUGCGGUGAACAUAGACGGCUACGAGAGCGACAGCGACAAUGAUAACUUCGAUGCACGAGCGAGACAGAGGGCGGCAAAGGAGAGGGCAAGGCAGAAAGCGGAACAGGAAGAUGACAACGACAUGUUUGCUGAUUUGGAGGAGCCCGAUGGGGACGACGAUGAAGAACUUGCCCGAGAAGGCAAGCGCAAAAAAGAUGUCCGCUUUCUAGAAGACGAUGAGAUCAAAGGCCAGAUUGCCUCCUCAAAAUCAGGUGGCCAUGUCUCGGCGGAUUUCAGCAUAGGUGGAAGGGAGGGUGGUACGGAAAAGGAUAGAGAAAGCAGCAGUGAAAGUGGAGACGACGAAGAGCGCGAUCGCAUUGACAGCGAUCUAGACGAGGAACUCGGUGCCGGUGGUAAGAAGAAGCACGCGCCCAGAUUAGACGCCUUCAAUAUGCGUGCGGAAAACGAGGAGGGCCGGUUUGAUGAAUCUGGCAACUACGUGAGAAAAGCAAAAGAUCCGGACGCAGUACACGACAACUGGCUAGAAGGCGUGUCGAAGAGAGACAUGAAAAGAGCGCGGGAGGCACAGCAGCAGCGGAUUGAGGAGCAAAGACAAAAAGACAGAGAGGAUGAGGCAAUCUUAACAUCCGAUCUGUUGGCUAUCUUGAUUCGGCAUCUGCAACUGGGAGAGACGGUGAUGGAAGCUCUACAAAGGCUGGGUAAACCUAAGCAGAAGCAAAAACCGAAACCUAGGUGGCAACAGAAGAAGAAGGAAAAGCAACAUAACGGCAGUGCAAAUGUCGAGUCUAUGGACGUAGACACUUCAGCAGAAGACGCCGCGGAAAGAAAGCGUAAAGAGACUGUUGAAGCGAUCACCGGAGCUGCAGAUCAGCUCAUGACCCGUGGCGAUCUUGAAAUCUACGAGCACGAACGCGAGAUCCUGACGAGGAUGUACAAGCGUGAGACAGGAGAGGACUGGGUAGAUGAGCGGCGAGAUGACAUUGACUCUUCCGGAGAUGCCUCUGCAGACCAAAAGAUGUGGGAGUAUCGGUGGGCCGAUGGCAGAGAUGGCGGGCAGCUCCACGGGCCGUAUGACAAUUCAACCAUGAAGGCAUGGACUGAUGCCGGAUAUUUUGGAGAGGGAUUUGAAUGUAGACCUGUCGGGGGAGGAGAGAAUUGGUCAAGUGUGGCAAAUUUCUGAGAUAUCACGAGAUGAAAGUUGAUGCUGGCACUGAAGCUUCAAAAGCUGGAUUCCAAGCUAAAUUGAUUCUUCUCAUGCUCCCAUAUGCCCUGGGUUAUGACGUUCGCCUCGACCGUAUGUUGCCGCAACGCUGCC